CACACAUUGCUGUCCAUCUUUCUCAUCGUAUACCAGAGUACCGCUGCUACUGUUGCUAUUCCAACACUCAGUACACCAUCUAUCCACAAAAUAUCAUGCAUUUGACGAGCCGUUCGUCACCAAUGCCCGACAAGAAUCAGGGUCAUAUGGUAUGACAAAGGCAGCACAGGCAGGGAAAGAUCGCGGCGUGGAGAGCGGAUGUGUUUGAGUAUGUGGUUAAAUUGUCCUCUGAAAAGGCCUUUACUCCUGCCUAUCGAAUGUGCACCCAACAGGGGCGGAUGGUACAGAGGUGAUUGUGUGGGAGCGCAAUCGUUUAAGAAAUCGGCCCGCCCAGGCCCACCCAAAUAAGGAAUCUGCUCGGUGCCUCCCGAUCACGAUGACCAAUCAAUCCUGAUGGAUCACCAUCACAUCCCAGUGACCUCAGAUUUGCGUCACACCGGCAUUAGAC